AAGAAAGAAAAAAAAAGGUACGAUACAAAUAUCAUCUUGCCUGAAUCAUCGCCAGUUACUAAACAUUCAAGUGAUGAUGACGAUGAUUGUCCAACUUUAAAUACUUCAUUAGAUGGUGUGGAUAAAUUAAAGGAACAAAAUGCUCAACGUAUGCAAAAUUCAAUGAAUACUGCUAAUAUUAAUAUCUCAGAAUUUGCUGAUCAGGUUUUUUCCAAAAUGGAUUAUUUUUACAAAAGAAUGUACAACUUUAUGGCUUUUAGCAAUACAGAAUUUCAAAAUUUAGCUCAUGGACAAGAAGAAAUAAAAAAAUUGAUCACUGCCAAUAUAAUUACUACUGAGCAUUCAGAUGAUUUUGAACCCUAUUGUUGGCCUAUUUCUUCAUUUGAAGAGCUUGAGGAGAUUGAGAAUAAGCUUUGUGAUAGAGAAUUUAAAAACAAACCUAUUUUACAGCUGGGUAGAAUUGGAAGAAAAACUGCAAAAGAAGUAAUAAAAAAAAUCAUGGCAACCAUAUUUUCAGAUGCUAUUCUAAAUCAAUACUCAUAUACUGGUUUCAAAGGAAAAAAACCAUUUAAUAAUCUUAUGGUAAACAGAGUUAUAUUUGAAAUAGUCAGAAAAGACAAACGCUUCUUCAACAUAACUGAUAAUGAAAUUGAACAAUAUUUAAAGCAAUGGAUUUCUCAAGCUCCUUUCCGCGGUGAAUACGCUAAAAACAGAAAACUAAAGAAUAGAUCAACAUGUGAUAUAAAUAACACAAAUGAAUCUAUGUCUUAACUUUAUAUUUCAACUUACAAUUUUUAACUUUCAGUUAAUUAUUAAUAAUUUUAAAAGGGAUCAUUAUUAUAAUAAAGUUAAUUAUACUACUAAUAUUUUAAUGCAUAAUAUAUAAUAUAAUAUAUUAUAUAAGUAUCUUAAAUAAUAUAACACAUCUUGUGGUAGUUUAUUACUUAAUUAUUAAACAUAUUUACUAUAACCCAUGUAUUUUAGUGGAUGAUUACAUCUAUAAUUCUUGUCUUCC